AUGCCCAACCUUCGUGGUCCGGGAGAUGGAGUGAGGCGUGCGUACGCGCACGCGGUCCUGUCCGGGGCCCUGUACGGGGCUCCGAUAUGGCACGGCGAGGCCCGUACCAGCCGCCGGAUUCGCAAGAAUCUGCACAGCGUGCAAAGACGGCUGGCCCUACAAAUAGCGAGGACCUACAGGAUCGUGGCACGCGACGCCUUGGCGGUCUUCGUGGGGAUCCCCCCGCCGGAGUACGUGGCCGACUCUCUGGUAGAGUCCUACGCCAGGGCCGAGGCCAUCAGGCUCCGGGGGAAUGUCGUAACCCUGCAACCUCUUCAGAGAGGUGGCCCGUCGGCGGGUUUUCCGCGAAUGGCGCAACAGCCUGCGGAACAGCCCGCCGACCAAGGGAAUCCGAACCACGGAGGCCAUCCUUCCCUGCCUGGACGAGUCCUCACCGGCCACUGGUGCUUCGGUGAGUACCUGUGUCGAAUCGGGAAGGAGCUGACGGCGCGGUGCCACCAUCACGACGAGCCCCGGGACACCGCGCAGCACACGCUGGAGGUCUGUCCGGCGUGGGCACAGGAGCGUGGUGUCCUGAGGCGAGAGAUAGGCGAGGAUCUCUCCCUGCCGGCGGUCGUUAGGGCCAUGGUCGGCAGGGAGAGGGCGUGGACGGCCGUCUCCUUCUGCAGCAGCGUCAUACGGCAGAAGGAGGAGGUGGAGAGAGGGAGGGAGAGGGCGCCGCGAGGCGGCCCUCACCCGCCGCCGCCGCCGGAUUAG